GGAAGAAUAAGACAGUUGUCACAAAUGAAGCGGAAAAACAUUGGAAAUGAACUGAAAAAGCAAAAGAAAAAAGAAAAGAUGAAGAAGUUUACCAAGAGAAACAAAUUGUGGCAUGAUUACUCAAUACAAGAGACGAAAAAGAAGGAAGUAAAGUUGAUCAAAGAGUACCACAAAUCUGCAAAGUUAUGCGACUACGUGUGGAAGUGCAUGGAAGGUACUUAUAAAAAAUUUAUUACAGGAGAAUACAUCCAAGAGAUGUUGUUCAACCAGUCGUUGGCAAAUGAAAUCAUCGAGUUCAAGAUGCAUAAGUGGAUGCAGAAGUUUGAAAGUACCAGCGAUUCAGAUGGAAGUCUCCCGACCGUCUUUCUCAGCACACUUUUCAAUAUAACCAUAGAUGAUGAAUCAUUGGACACAAGGAGGACGAUAGAUGAUGUCCUCAAGAAUGUAGACGUCAAGAAAGUGGAUCACUUAUUGAUUCCAAUGAACCACCAUUGUUCAAUUCCAGAAAAGCCUGAAUGCAAAGAACACUUCACGCUUCUUUACUUUGACUUCCAAGAUCCUACUUGGAGGCAAUACAAUUCACUUGUCUAG